AAGGAGCUCGGCGGCGACCAGGACAGCGAGUACCUUGCGGUAAUCGCCCCGCCAUCACCACCUACGGUACCACUACCCGCGUCGAUCGCGACCACCCGGAAGGUCGUCGCAAUCGACAGUGGCCCGUCUACAUCACAGAGCGACAGUGUAGUCGCAUCAGCAGCCACGCACGGCGGCGCGUCCGGAGCGCAUACAUGCACUACCGACUCGCCCCACCUCGCCACGACGGGUGCGGCACCGCCAUCGAGCUCUAUGCUCAGUGUAGGUGCUGCCGAACAUCCUUCUAAGGAGGAGUGCGAGUACCCCAGGGUACUCGCACACCCACUGGAUCCGCACGCAGAGGGUACGGCAUACGGACAUGAUCGUCCGACUGCCAAGGGCGAGUACCGUGAGGUACUCGCCAACUCAUCUUCUUGGUUCGCAGUGCCACCGCCGUGUCGCACUGGGAUGAACCAUUCCACCGUCGUAAACGAAUGUCAGGAUGGAAUAGUGGCCGGGCCCCAUUCGGUAGAUUGCGAGCAGUCGACCAAGACGCCUACCACGGUAGACGUGCGAUGGGCUGCACCCGAGAAGCAAUGGCAACCGUCGGGACGCUACGUGCUACCGGCACGUCGCGUUCAGCAAGACCGACGCGAGUUGGUUGUGUCUUUCAACGGCGAGCACCAGCCCAAGUACCAUGGGGUAUUUGGCACGCCCAGCGAACAAGACCGGGAGCUACCGCCGCCAAGCACAUCCACGAUGGAUGUGUCGCUGCUUCCUCCGGACCUGGCCCAGUCGAACGAUUCGACGCGGAUUGAUAAUCCUACGUCAGGAGCAAGAACAUCUGGCGAGAACGAAUCUUCGUUCUCGCGGGUGCGCAGCACGGCAGGCACUUCGAGUGAAGUGUCCGCGUCGACUUGCACGACGAGGAGGUCGUCGCGCGCCCAAACAAGGUCGCGUUCCCGGGAGCUAGUUGGAAGUUUUCCGAUGCAGCUGGAUGAACUGGACGCCCCAUCGGCACGAAGGCAAGAACCUUCGGACACAGGUGAACAGCAAUGUUCACCUACUAUUGGAGGUACCGAGACCGAACCAGUGCGGGUGCAUGAGGGGGCUACCGUCCUCAUGAGAGGGGGCACUCUCCAAAAAGGGGAAGGGAGCGGGGCCUCGAGCGGCCACCGCUUGCGUCACACCACCACCAGUACAUCUCGUGAAGAUGUACUGGUCUCGAAUCCUGCAGCUACAUGGACGCCAAGCCGUGAGCUUGACGUACAGGUUAUCCAUGGGGACUCGACGCGAAGGUCAGCUACUCGCACAUUGAGCCAGGGACUCAAUGUGCAGUACACCUCACGAGUGGCCAGUACAUCACAUAGUGGUGUACUGGGAUCGGACGCAGUCACGGGCUGUACAUCCAGCGUUGAGCUCGACGUACGAGCUUCACGUCGAACAUCGAGACAGGUACCACCGGUACCACGCGUGUCGAGCGAUCGACUCGACGUACAGAAUACAGGUGACCGUCUCGGCCACGACCUUACUCGGGAAGAUGGUACUUCGCGCCGUGAAGUACCAGUCUUGAACCAAGCAUGCACACCGGAUCGUCCAGUAACCGUCGAUGUGAGUCAAUGGCCCACGGACGAGGUGUUGCGCGAGUUGUGUUUCAGCCUCCUCGCGGACCAGCUCGACCACGAUUUCGACGAGGCUGAAUGCGCGGCGAGUGAUGGCGAGUGGGCCAUUUGGGCUCACUGCAAGAGAUCUGCACUCAGCUGUGGACAGGCCAUCGAGGAGAUGUCCCCGCGACCGGGGACAUAUUCUCGUGCUGCUCGACGAGCAUGGGACCACUUCCAGAGGGAAUUGGAAGUGGUUCCUCUCGAGUUUGAUCCUCUGCUGGUUGCACCAUUACCUAUGGAGAUGGUGCGAUAUUGGGCCUACAACAAGCUGGGAUGGCUUGUUGUACCACCUCGCAGUCAACCUCAGGAUGACUCCGACUGGUACAACUCCUCUGAUGAGGAGCCUCAUACCACAACUCGUGAGGAUUACUCUGACCAUGUUGAGUCAGAGUCUCUCUCCGAGUCCGAGCAUCAUAGCUCGUGGGAUUCUUCGAAUCCAGGUUCUGAGGGGGCAAACGCAGUAGUAGUCUCUGACUACUACGAGCAGUCCGAGAUGGAGGAUACCUACAGUUCUUCUGCACUAUCUGCUGAAGACGAGGGUAACUCCGAAGAUGCAGACUAUUACUCGGAGUCCGAGUAGUAGUCUACAUGCUGGUUGCACAACUCUGUCGAGUUGUGUAUGACAAUGGUGAACGGUCGUGUCGGCUCACUGACGUGAAGUAGUUUGUCGCUGUCUACAGUUCAACAUCAUCUUUGUCUUGCCAAUUGCUACCACCGUUGGGUGGUUGCAUGUACUAUUCCUUUCUUUCCUUUUUCUCUCUGUUUCUCUGGUUAUCGCUGGGACCCGUGGUCGUGUCCAGUGGGGGAGAGUGUAACGGAUAUCCCCGUUACGGUAUAUUUUACAUUACAUAUUUGUCCUUG